UUGGCGCGGAGCGGAGCAGCACUGGCAGCAGCAGCAGGAAGAGGGCACCCUUGGCCCUGAACGGACGGGCAGUCAUGCGGUGCUCCACGCUGCUUGCCAUCCUGACCGCCGUGCUGCUCUAUUUGGUGAUGGGCGCACUCGUCUUCCGCACCCUGGAGGGACCGCACGAGGAGGGCAACCACAUCAGGCUCCAGGACACCCGCCGCGAGUUCCUGCUCAACUACACCUGCAUGAGCCCCGAGAGCCUGCAGGAGCUCAUAGAGAAGGUUGCACAUGCCAUUGGAGCAGGAAUCGACCCCAAGAACAACGACACGUUCACCAGCAGCUGGGACCUGGCCAGUGCUUUUUUCUUCUCUGGUACCAUCAUCACUACCAUCGGUUAUGGGAACAUCUCCCCGAAGACAGAGUGGGGCCAGCUGUUCUGCAUCUGCUACGCCUUGGUGGGCAUCCCCAUGUUUGGCUUUCUGCUGGCAGGAGUAGGCGACCACCUGGGCACGGGAUUAAGGAAGGCCAUUGCUAAGAUAGAAAUGCUCUUCCUGAAAUGGAAGGUGAGUCCCACCAUCGUGCGUGUCAUCUCCGCGGUGCUCUCGAUCAUGCUGGGCUGUGUGCUCUUCAUCUUCGUGCCCACGCUGGUCUUCCAGGAGGUGGAGAAAUGGACCCUGCUGGAAUCCGCCUACUUCGUCGUCAUCACGCUCACCACUGUGGGCUUUGGGGACUAUGUUGCAGGUGAUGGAGGAGCUGAGGGGAUGGAGCACUGGUACAAACCUCUGGUGUGGUUUUGGAUCCUGCUUGGUCUGGCAUAUUUUGCCUCCGUUCUCACCAUGAUUGGGAACUGGCUACGGGUCGUGUCCAAAAGGACACGUGCGGAGAUGGAAGAGCUCAGAGCACAUGCCACUGACUGGACCCAGAACAUCCAGAACAUGUCAGUGGAUUUCCGCAUCCCCGCCAAGCUGGAUGACCCAUUUAAGAGGCACCGCCGAAGGCAUCGCCAUGGCCCCCGCCGCCAUGGGGCCAACCACAGCACUUCGGGCACAGCUAACCCAGACGGGGGUGAGAAAGGGGAGAAUGGGCAUCCUGAUAGUCAAUCGGAAUCUGGCUCUUCUGCCUCCUACUCAACUACAUCCAACGAGUCGUGCUCGGAGUCCGAGAUCGGCUCGGAGGCGACCCAGACAGAGCAGGUGUCAGACAAAGGGGAGAAGAGAGAUGACCCAAUCCCCACCAUCCCUACUGACCCCACCUUCUCACAACCACUGGAUUACUUUGGGGAGAAUCUGGCAUAUAUUGAUGAGUCUUCAGAUGCUGUUAGUGGGAAGCUUCACUUGGACCCGCUCCUGGAUAUGCCCAAAUCCAAGAUGGAUGCACUGCAAAGGGCCAAGAGGAGAUGUCCUAAAAGACCAGCAACAAAGAAAAUAUCCAAAACUAGUCGAACCAAUCUGGAACUCAAAGAGCCCAAUGGUGACAUUCUGCUCCCUAAUUGACCCCCCCACCCCCUCUACCUGAACCUUGAUUCUUGAGUGUGUGUGAGCCCUACGCACUCACUCAUAGGGAUGACUAUAACGGUACCCCCACACACACACACAAAGAAGAAGCACAAGAAUUAACUUUUUUGGUCAAAAUGAGAAAAAUAAUGUGAACAAUAUGUGGGAGUUUACCAACCAGUCAGUUGUAAGUACAUAUAGAUAUCAAAGAAAGCUCUUAGCGCCAUCUGCUGGCUAAUUUUGGAGCUGGCGCUGGAUUGGCUGGGUGAUAAAGUGUAGCAUCUUCAGCUGUUGACAUGGCUGGCCUUUAACUGUCUGCCUUUAUGCUCUGAUUAUUUAGUUUACAGUUUAACGAACCUGAUUGUGCUGCAUAACCAUACACAGUGCUCUGUCUCAGACCCAAUAUUAGAACCAAUUUUUUACUGACUCUUAGUUUGACCCUUGCUUUGUGCCUUAUAUUACACUGCCCCUACUGUGUUCUUUAAUCGGUUCUAAAAAGGACAAAGAAUAAGAUAUUGAGAGUUUAAAUUUUAGAAAAUUUAAAACUGAACAUAAAUGUAUGUCUGUGAGUAAGAAUCAAAGAGUGUGUCCGUGCGUGUGUGUGUGCGUGCAUGAGUAUGUGUAUUUGAGAGAGAGGUUAUUGUGGUUUAUGGGCAAUUGCCUUUAACCCAGUAAACUCAGGGCGCUUCCUUUAUUAUCUGGUCACUGUUAUCACAAAGUGCUGACUGUACAAAACCUCAUAUAUUCUCCAAAGCAUGCUCUUAUCCCAAGAAAUGUGUCAUUUACUGAAACUCCAUGCAGCAAUCAGAAAAAAAUUAAUCAAUCAGGAACACUACUGGUUCUUGUGAGAUUUCCAGAAAACACUUUUUAUUUAAGAUCAAAACAAGCCCAAGUUACAUUUUGCCUCAGUCUUCUUUUGUUAAAAUAAUGUAGCUGUAAAUAGAAACAGAUGAACAUAAUCUGACAAAGGUUCUACUGACCUACUGUUCAUUUUAAGUAUUUUUGAAGUGCUUAAAUGUAUAUUGUAAACAUACAUUUACACUAGCGACAGAGCUUUAGAUUAGCCAUAGAUUAAAUCUAUGCCAUACAUUAAAUUAGAUUUUAGACAUCUACUGACUCUGUCUUUGACAGAAAUUAGUUAUUGUGUCCACCCCACACUGGUUAGCCAAAGUUGGAGGGUAAACGGAGGAUCAUACAUUAGUCCCAUGAUUUGAAGUACUUGUCUUGGAGAAUGCACUUUAAGAGUUGUAACAAAGCAUGGUUUCAAAUAAAAGAUUUUUAUCAUCCAUUAUGCAUGACACAACUGUAGCCAAGAUGGGCAUUUCACUCAUUUGGGUCCUUCUUCUGGAAGUUGUAUGCUAUUUCUGAGCAAAAGGAAAUAUCCUUUGCCACCACACUCCCAACACCUCCUUUCCCUAUAACAAAAACAGCUCAUUUUGAAAAUGUCUGCUUGUCAUUUGUAGCUCUCACCUUGUGG